CGUGAAAGGCGCAGAUAUACAAUUAUGGUGGUGAAUUUCUGCUUGCCUCACUUCCAGACCACAGUGCAGUGUAACAAGUUAUGUGCAGAUGGUUACGACGCGUCCAACCUUUUGGCCGGGGACCCGGCGGUUCGACGGAAAGGUUUCAAGCUGGAGUAUUUUCUGCGACCCCCUGCCCACAUCGCUUUAAGUUUCCAGGUACAGGUGGAGUUGUGCCGCGUAGACAUAGAGCUGUGGCCCUGGGGUAUGGACCAAGGGAAAGCCUCUAGGAGACUUGAAAUCUUCACUUGCUCUGAGUCUCCCCCACAGCACCAACAGGAACGCCAGCCGCAAGAACAAGACUGUGGCCACUUCAAACUAGUUGGGCGCUGUGACCUGAAAGAUGAGGUGUUGGUGUGCUUUCGCCACCCCACCUUUAGAUUACGAGCCCCUUUCCCUGAACCUCCACCUGACCCCCCCCCGAGCACAAAACAAACGGAUCUUUGGGGCAGGGGGCUGCACUCUCUUAGUUCUGUUACAUACUUAAAAGUCAGUAUACCUUAUGGUGGAGCUGGCUCUGCCCUCGGCAUUAAAUCCUUGGCUGUUUGGGGCCUUCCUGCUCGCUGUUGUCCACCCUUAGAGUUGGAGAAAAUCAAACAGGCUCAUUAUAGCAGUUUGAAACCGAGACCUGUAGCAUCAGCUCCACCCUUGCCUGUAGCUAAGCCAGCAAAGCCUCCCAGCCCAGAUCUUGUAGACUCAGAUAAGCCCAUCCCAGAAGAGUUCCUGGAUCCUCUGACCCAAGAGCUCAUGGUACUGCCCAUGAUAUUGCCCAGUGGCAUGGUGGUGGACAUCAGCACCUUGGAAGAGUAUCAGCGACGGGAGGCCACCUGGGGACGGCCUCCCAACGACCCCUUUACUGGUGUACCUUUUACCAGUGACUCUAAACCAGUGCCCAACCCUCUCCUUAAAGGUCGCAUUGAUAGCUUAGUCCUGAAAACUGGUUGCACAGGAGUUCGGGGAAAGAACGGUUUUCGAACAAGGCCCGAACCCUCCAGACUCAUUGUACCAUCCAACAGCGAAGAGCCCAGUCCAACCUCUUCUACGUCUCUCGGUGAAUCAGAUUUCAAAAUAACACAUACACGGGAGUCAGAGAGGACUGAGAAACCUCAAAAGAACAUGGACUAUAGCGCUGUUAGCCACAACCAGCUAAUUCAGUGUAAGGCAAAAAAGAGACCCCAGACUCCAGAGAUGGACAUGGGUUGGAGUUCGGCAAACCAGAGAAAAAGAGUUCGGGGUGUUUCUCUGGAAGGUUCUUUCAAUGGGGAAAGCAGCUCGACCCCUUCUGUCAGCUGUCCGUCAACCAGUGAGGUUUUUUCGUCAUCUGUCAGUAGGACACCUAGAACAAAAGAAAAACCCACCUAUGAUUCAGAUCUGAAACACUUCACCCAUGAACAACGAUUAUCAGAUAGCUUAGAUGAAGCCCUGAACUCUGCUCUUCUGGGCCUGCCAAGGUUUACCUCACAAAGCACACCGGAGACAGGCCCCACAGACACUGUCACAGGGGAAAACAAGUGUGGAUUGUGUCUUUGCUCCCUCACUGUUUAUCCCACGAGUCCGGCGGCCUACAGUUUACCUUGUGGACACCUGUUGUGUCGCCCGUGCCUGCAGCAAAAAACCUCCUCAGACUCGGACAGACUUCGGGUCGACUGUCCCACCUGCAGUACGACGGCUUCUCCCAGCGCAAUCAUAAGAGUCCAUCACUGA